GUGUGCUUUCAUAUUGAUUCGUAUUCAUUUUUUGUAACUUCUUUCUUUACAUUUAUAUAUAAAUAUAUAUAAUCUAGCUAGCUCUCUCUCUCUCUCUCUCUCUAUAUAUAUAUAUAUAUAGAUAAAAGAAAAGAGAACACGAAAACACAAAACCCUUUGUUCCUAUUUCCAUGGCGAUUUGGCGCACAAGAUCAUCAAGAACUAUCGCCAACCACAUCAGGAAAUGUAUGAAUAAAGGUUUCAUGGGGGGCGCUGUCGUUAACCAAAGUUCUUGGAGCUCUACCUUGCAAAGUUGUAGUUUGUCGUCCUUGAGCAGUCACCGGCUUGUUCCUCAGAACUGUAGUUAUCUGCAUCCAUUGCCAUGCAACAGGGCUACCCUUUUCUCUCUUCAGCGUUUCAAGUCCUCCGUAGCUGAAAGGCAGCUUGAUUCGUUUUUCUCUAGCGAUAGUGAUGAUGAACAGUCACUGGAUUUUCCUGGCGGCAAAGUUACAUAUACUACGGAAAUGAAUUUCAUCUCAGAAUCUUCACACAAGAGAAUACCUUGCUAUCGGGUCCUGGAUGAUGAUGGAGAGCUAAUAAUUAUGGACAGUGAUUUUCAACAGGUAAGCAAGGAAGUUGCAGUAAAAAUGUACAGUGACAUGGUGACUCUACAAAUAAUGGACAACAUAUUCUAUGAAGCACAAAGGCAGGGAAGAAUAUCCUUCUACAUGACCUCAGCUGGUGAAGAAGCAAUUAACAUAGCAUCUGCAGCUGCUCUUAGUGAAGAAGACAUUAUCUUGCCACAGUACCGUGAGCCCGGAGUUCUGUUAUGGCGUGGCUUCACAUUGCAAGAAUUUGCCAACCAGUGCUUUGGAAACAAGGCUGAUCAUGGAAAAGGCCGGCAGAUGCCAAUUCAUUAUGGGUCUAAAGAGCACAAUUUCUUCACCAUCUCAUCCCCUAUUGGGACGCAACUUCCUCAAGCUGCUGGCAUUGCUUAUUCUCUUAAGAUGGAUAACAAAAAAGCAUGUGCAGUAUCAUACAUUGGAGAUGGUGGCACCAGCGAGGGAGAUUUUCAUGCUGGUUUGAACUUUGCAGCAGUUAUGGAAGCCCCUGUCAUAUUUUUCUGUCGCAACAAUGGCUGGGCAAUCAGUACACAUGUAUCAGAACAGUUUCGAAGUGAUGGCAUUGUUGUAAAGGGUCAAGGGUAUGGAAUUAGAAGCAUCAGGGUCGAUGGUAAUGAUGCUCUUGCUGUUUACAGUGCAGUUUCUGCAGCUCGUGAAAUGGCUAUAAAUGAACAGAGACCAAUCCUUGUUGAGGCCCUUACGUACAGAAUAGGACACCAUUCCACGUCUGAUGAUUCCACCAAGUAUCGAGCGCUUGAUGAAAUUGACUACUGGAAAUUGGCUAGAAACCCUGUCAACAGAUUUAGAUGUUGGGUUCAACGUAAUGGUUGGUGGAGUGAACAACAAGAAACUGAGCUUCGAAAGAGUAUCAGGAAACAGUUAUUGCAAGCAAUUCAGGUGGCAGAGAAAACAGAGAAACCUCCACUUACAGAGUUAUUCUCUGAUGUCUAUGAUCAUCUACCAUCUAACCUUCUGGAACAAGAGAAACGACUCAGAGGAACUAUCAGCAGACAUCCAAAAGACUACCCUUCUGAUGUUUCUGUCUAGAUUUUCUUUAGCUUAUUAAAGUAAGAGGGCGAGACAUUAAGGUUGAUUUCUCGAUGUAUGAGCGGUGAUGCUGUAAAGUUUCAAUCUCAAUUCUCAAGACUGCUAUGUGUACAGGUAUUGUGACGAUGUCAAUAAAGCAUUAUCCUGGUUUAAUGCAUGCGCUUUUGGCA